UCUACGAACACUCGAACUUCCCUGAUAGAGUUGUUCUUCGGUGAAGGGCUUCAGUGAGCUCCAGACGAUAAACGGCUGACAGCAAAUCUGAUAGUUUUCUCCAGCGCCAAAACCAUUUUGACGCGUGAACAGCGUGUAGAAAGUUAUUUAAAUUCUGUUUUCGUUUUUUUUGCUGCUCCUAGACGUUUUAUUUCGAACGACUUGCACAAGUGAUUUUCCCCAAGUGUGAAAAGUGAAUGUGAUUUUGUAUUUGUUGGUUCCUUGGAAGGUGAAAGGUUUCGUGCUUCAUCUAAACCCAAGCAAGCCAUCUAAACAACAUGCCGUUCCCUUUUGGGAAGUCUCAGAAGAGUCCAGCAGAGAUUGUGAAGAAUCUCAAGGAGAAUGUGGCAUGCUUAGAAAAGCUGGAAUCAUCUGACAACAAGAAGAGUGAAAAGGUUGCUGAGGAAAUUUCAAAGAAUCUAGCCUCGUUGAAAGAGGUGUUGUGCGGCACAGGAGACAAAGAGCCUCAGACUGAAGCAGUGGCCCAACUGGCACAGGAGCUUUACAAUACCAACCUCUUCAUCGCCCUCAUAGCCAACCUGCAGAGGAUUGAUUUUGAGGGAAAGAAGGAUGUGGUUCAUCUGUUCAGCAACAUAGUGAGGCGUCAGAUUGGUACGCGCACUCCAACAGUCGAGUACAUUUCCUCCCACUCUCAGAUCCUCUUCAUGCUGCUGAAAGGCUAUGAGACUCCAGAAGUGGCUCUAAACUGCGGCAUGAUGUUGAGAGAGUGUCUUCGUCACGAGCCCUUGGCCCGCACUGUUCUCUUCUCUGAGGACUUCUAUUGCUUCUUCCACUUUGUGGAACUCUCCACUUUUGACAUUGCCUCAGAUGCCUUUGCUUCGUUUAAGGAUCUCCUUACAAGACACAAAAUCAUGUGUGCUGAUUUCUUGGAGACAAAUUAUGACAGAGUAUUUACAGAGUACGAAAAGCUACUGCAUUCUGACAAUUAUGUCACCAAACGGCAGUCACUGAAGCUCUUGGGAGAACUGUUGCUGGACAGACACAACUUUACAGUCAUGACCAAAUACAUCAGUCGAGCCGAGAACCUGAAACUGAUGAUGAACAUGUUGAGAGACAACAGUCGCAACAUACAGUUUGAAGCUUUUCAUGUCUUUAAGGUGUUUGUGGCAAAUCCGAAUAAGACACAACCUGUUUUGGACAUCCUGUUGAAGAACCAAUCCAAACUGGUGGACUUCCUGAGCCAAUUCCAAACAGACCGCUCAGAGGACGAGCAGUUCUGUGACGAAAAGAACUAUCUCAUCAAGCAAAUACGAGAUCUCAAGAGGCCUGCACCACCGGAGGAAGCAUAAAGGACAAAAGAACAGGACUGAACAGUUGGAAUGCUGACAUGUUUUAUGCAGUUGAGGAAAUAACAAAGAAAGAAUGACAAACAGUCCUCUUCCCAUUUCUUUGCAGCUGACCUCCAAAAUGUGCAAAAAAGUUCAGUUUUUUUUUUUUUUAGUGAAUUAGCUGUGUGAAAGCAAGAGGGUCCCAGUCACUCUAUGCUCCAAAGCUUUUCCCCCCUUGUUUGUGUUUGAUGGAUUAUAUUGAGCCUUCUGUGUUUCUUAAUGAUAUAAAAGCAGUUUAAAUAAUUCAUUGAGAGCUUUCAGGGUCAGUUAAAAUUUUUAAUGAAGCAGGAAGUGUAGUGCUUAAGGAGGAACAUAAUUUCACACAGUCAUUUCGACUACAUUUCAACUUUUAAGUAGGCUUUUAAAGCUGUUUGUAGGGGUGCGUCAAAAGCAUUUGAAGCAAGGGUGUCAUGGGUUUAGAAAGUAAAGCACAAUUUUAAUACCAUCUUUAAUAUAAUAUUUAUUAUAGCAGUUUUCCUUCUUAUCAAAAGCCAGUUGGAAAUGUGUUUUAUACUUUCAGAGGAGAAUUUUCUAUACUUUUUAGUAAUUUUACAAAAUUCCCAGAUUCCAGCCUCUAAUUAGGAACUUACAGACUUCAUGGUCUCAUUUCUGACCAUGUGCUCACUUCUAGUGGUUACAUUAUUUCAGAAGCAUUGAAUUGAUUGAUUCUCUUCAAUUACAUUGCCUUUCAACUUUUAUUCUGAUUUAGUUUGUUCAGCAUUUUAUUUUAACUGGAUGUUAGGUGAAUUAAUAUAUAGAUUUUAAAAAUUGGGUAUUGUUGCAUAUAUUAGCUGUGAAACUAAUUCUGGGUUUGCAUACUUCACUGAUCUACACACAAUAUGUGGAAAAUUAACCUCUUCACAUACACUGUAAACUUGUAAGAAUUAUGAUUACAGAUCCAUGUUUCAUGCUUCUCAGGUUCUGCGUUUUUAAAUUUGAACCUACUCACAUGAACCUAGACCAUUGAAGCCUUUAACAGAUGUAUCCAGUUCUCUCUCUCUCUCUCUCACACACACACACACACACACACACCCUUUAUGCCAUCAUUUGUACUGUCUACAUUGAAUGAGUCAAAGCUGUGGUAAUGUGUUGUCUCUUAAGUUGCGUUUUUAGGUUCAAGUUUAUUUUGCACUUUUCCGUACAGCUUGGUUAUUGGAAGGACUUUUUGAUUGGAAAUGCAAAACAGGAUUCUACUGAAAGGCCCUUAUUAAAUUAGUGAAUUUACCCGAAGUUCGACCAUUUAUUCAAUGUACUCUGUUUGCACAAAUUCUUCUCUUAUAUACCUCAUAGGAUUUGAGUUGCUUAAGUGCUGUGUACUUAUGUGCCCUGCCCCCCUUUAGACCAGUUUUAUAUUCAUUCACCAUGGUCAAUUAUGCAAGAAAAUGUAAAAUCUUACAACCAAAUUUGACCUUCAGUUGCUAAAUAGGAUCUACAAGGGACAACAUUAACUGUGAUAUGUGCUUGUAUGGUACUCUUGAAUGUGUGUGUGCUGACAUUUUUUCCCUCAGUGUAUGUUUAUGUUUUAGUUCUAUAAGACUAUAUAGAGUAAAAAAAAAAAAUCCUUUUUCAAUAUAGCAUGAUUGUGCCAAGGCAAGCAAAUGUGAAUGGCAAGUCAAGUGCAAGGUUUAAUAAGGACAUUUUAUGUACGUUUCUGCCUUAGUCUUUUGCAAACCAUCCAUUUCAAGCAUGACCGUGAACCUUUAUCAAUACAAGAUAAGUCUUUCUGUCCUAAGUUAUCACAAGCUUAUCUUGUUUUGUUUUCUAAAGCUUAAACCUAUAUAAAGGCCAAAUUUAGGAAGAGUGGAUUAAAAUGAAUCUAAUUAUUUAGCUAUAUAGUUUCUAUUAAGAUUGGUUUUGGACUGGAUGCAAAUGCCAGCUUUUGAGCUGUUGAAAGUGAGUGAGAAUAAAAAUGCUCAUUAAACCAUUCUGGCUUCAGGACUGGGUUUAAAUAUACAUUUUACUAGUCCACUUUCAGUUUCCUGUAUGUUUUCAGUUGUCCGUUCUGCUAUAUUAGGAUUAUAAAUAUGUACAUAAAAGGUUUAUUUUAAGAAACAAGUGUGAAGACCUAUUGGAAAUAAAAUAAAUAACUGUA